CCUCCAUACGCAUGUUUUGAAAACGUGAAUAUUUGUAUUUUUCGUGUUCUACACGGAGGAUGUCUUAUAAUUAACUUCUAUUACUGAAAUAAAUACGCCUAUUGUUGACAAAAACCUAAGAUCAAAAAUUUCAAAUGUGUUUCAAUGAACGAAUAAACUCUUUAAUGGAGAAAAUAGGGUUCAAUGAGGCUAAAACGUUACUGCAUGAUCAAUAUUCAUGCCUCCAGCUGAUCACAAAGUGCCGAGAUAUAAUAUUAGCACCGAGAUACAUUGGUAAAACUUCACAAGGUAUUACAGAGCAGUUAGACCGAGAAGUGAACCUUUACUCGGAUGUGUUACAAGGUGUUCUUAUAUCAUAUAGUAACAUCAAACUGUUACAGCCACUGAGUUUAACACAUGAUGAUAAACCUUAUUUCAACUUUAAAAUACAAGCAGACUAUAUUGUUUUCCGUCCCUUCGAUGGAUGUAUUUUAAAGGGUGUGGUCAAUAAGACUAGUCAAACUCAUGUUGGAUGUCUUGUACACAGACAUUUUAAUGCCUCUAUACCCAGGCCACGAAAAUAUGGAGAUGGAACUUGGAAAGGCAGUCAACUGGAACAAGGAGAUGAAUUUUACUUCAAAGUUACAUCUGUUUCUUCCAAUAAUAAAGUUUUAUUCAUCCAAGGCACUUUGACAGAUGAACUAUUUCUUAUUAAAAGUCAGAGCAGUGCUACAGAAACAGUCAAUAAACCAAGCGAGAAUACAGAUAUAGAAGAAGAAAUAAAUGAAAGUCUAGAGUCUUCGAAAAGUUCCAAAAAGAAGAAAAAAUCAAAGAAAAGAAAUGAAAAAGACACAACAUUAAUAACGUCUGAGACCAUUCAGGACCCCAAUGAGAGUGAAAUUCAAGAAAACCAAGAUUGUGUAGAAUCAUCUCAAAGAUCUAAGAAAAAGAAAUCUAGACGUAUAAGUGAAAUAGACGUUUCUGAAGACAAAUUUUCUUUUGUGUCUAGUGAUGGUGAAACAUUUCAUGAACCCAACAAGAAUGGAGAGGAAGAAUACACAAAGUCAAUUAAAAAAUCGCAGAAAAAAAAGACAAAAUUAACAGAAAGUAAGGAAAUGGACAAUUCAUUGGCUGUAGAUAAUGUUUCUUCCAAAGCAUUAACAGUAAGUGAGAAAAGGAAGAGAAAAAAGAAAAAGGUCAAAGACACUGAUACAGAUAGUGGCAUUGUUGACACUGAUAUUCCAUUAACAUUAAAUUUAAUUGAUCCAGAAGAAAGUUUACUGAAACACCCGGGUAUUAAAAGGAAAUUGAGUUAUUGUGACAGUGCUGAGGAAAGUUCUGUUGAUGAACCUUCAGUUAAACAAGCCAAACGUAACGAAUCGCAUAUAGAUGAUAGUGCCACAACAGAUAUUAUUACACACAGUGAUACAGAUGACUAUAGAAAAUCUAGUAAGAAAAAGAAGAAACAUAAGUAUAGGCAUAAAGAUUAAGUUGUUAAGGGUGCUAAGAGUUAAGAAUACUAUGUGGUACCGUAUAAGUACAGUAUGGCAGCAUUCUACAAAUGUAAUUAGAUGUUACUUUCAUUCAAGAUUUCAGUUGGCUACUUCAUUAUAAUUGUGACAGUAUUGGUUCUUUAAUCAGGUUCGGACGACAAGACUAGUUUCAGGUUCAUACAAUACUUUUUAUUCUGCUAUAAACAUAUUUACAAUACUUGUACUACAAUACUUAAGUUACAGGUGUUUCAUCUAGUAGCAGUCUUGUUCCCAGCUCGGCUCUCUGGGCUGGCUUGUUGAUAAAACAAUUAGUUUGAAUUUAUAUAUUACUGGGCCGGAUCGAGGUCCAGCCUUGAAUUUGGAAACCACACCCAUGCACCGUGACCUGAUUGGUCAGUAUUAGUCUGGGGUGGGUGGAUGCCCCGAUCGGACAGAUAGUCAUUGACCAAUCCGCUAUGGCCAGGUAUUAUAUUUCAGAUUCAAUUAUGGCCAGAGAUUACAACUGGUCAUUAUGUAAUAAACAGAUUAAGCUUCCUGUACAGGUUGCUUUAUCAUUCCAAGACCUUGCGUAACUCGGGUCAGCUGUGAUGCUUAAUGACAUUCGCACAGCUGUUCGCCGUGUCAAGUCAGUGCCAGCUGUUACAGCUGUUACUCGUCUUGUUAAUCUGAUAAGAUUGCUAAUGUAAGGAAGUUUAAUUGAUAUUUCCUCAAUUGUGUAACAUAAUAUUUUAAAAAUAGAUAAUCAAAAAUAAUUAUAUUUUGAAAAUUUCA